GUUCGUAACCGCGAAUUAUUGGCGUCGAAGCGACAAGGACGGUACGUGCUGUCGCGGAUUGCGCAACGUGUUGUCCGCGUGUCUUUAUCAAAUGUUUAUCAUUAUUAUUAUCGUCGUCAUCAUCACCGCAUCAUCGUAGCGAUAUUGCCGCGGACGUUUUGCGUUUUGUCGCCGCGCAACAUUCCGUAGUACGUACGCUCGCGCGCUAGCAGGUGGUCGCCCGUCAACCGUUCUCCGCGUACGCGUACCGUCCGUCCGUUCGUUCACGCGACAACCCGCCCGGUACAGCGCUCGGAUCACGUUUUCAACUCGUUCGCGACUCGCGACUCGUUUGUUCCAACUCGGUAACGACACGUAACUGCUGUUCCGGGAUAUCGGCACAAGGGGGCUCUAUUCUCGUACCGGGCCGUUUUAACGUCCACGCGAUCGCAACUGUCGCACGCCCGUCUGUCCUCGCUUCGCGGCUCCUGCGCCGGUCCACGUAGGCCGAGUGUGCGCGAUCCACCAUCAGGCGCCCAUGGCGGCCCCCUCGACGACGUCGCUGCCCGUGGACGUCGCUGCCGCGCUGGGCAAGUCCAGCGAUGGCCGCUGCAGCGAGGACCCGCCCGACAUCGAGGCGAGAGUUGCUCCGGUUGAACCCGAAACCGUUGGCCGGCUGCCAGUGGUCGACUUCAGUCAACGGGUCUAGAAAAGGAGUAGGACCGACGGUUUCUGCUGGAUCCGGACUGGCUAGGGCCCGGGCUACGGUUAAGCCAUCCGUUGCCACGGUCCAAGACCGACAUCACUACAAGCGUAACUCGUCAUACGCUGAAGACACCAAAGGUACAGUGGACGGUUGUGCCAGUGGCCUGUGGAACCGGUGGUGGACCGAUGUCAAGCCCAGCACACUGCGUGACGGCGAAAGAGCGGCUGUGCGCGAAGCCCGCCGCUGUCUCAAAUGCGCUCAUGCGCCGUGCCAACUGUCGUGUCCCACGUCGAUCGACGUCAAAUCGUUCAUCACCAGCAUCGCAAAUCAGAAUUAUUACGGAGCCGCCAAGACUAUUUUGUCGGACAACCCGGUGGGCCUGUCGUGCGGCAUGGUGUGCCCGACGAGCGAGCUGUGCGCCGGCUCCUGCAAUCUGGCCGGCACCGACGGCGGUCCCAUCAACAUCGGAGGUCUGCAGCAGUUUUGCUUAGAAGUGUUUAUGGAGAUGGCCGUUCCGCCUUCGGAGGUGUUGUCGGACAGCGACGACGAGAGCAGCGACGAAAACGAGCACGGAGAUCGACAGGCUUUGAAAGCUCGAGGUCAGAGCAAAAUGGCCCCGAUAGCCGUGGUGGGUGCUGGUCCUGCAGGGCUGACUUGCGCCACAUACCUGACACGACUUGGAUACCGAAACGUUACGGUCUAUGAGUCGGGCGAGUACGCGGGUGGCCUUAGUGCCUCAGAGAUACCAGAGUAUCGGUUACCGUGGAAGGCCGUCCGCUGGGAAAUCGAGCAGAUGGUGGAAUACGGUCGCGGCGGAGUUCGGCUGGAUUACGGACGUCGGCUAUAUUCCGCAAAAGCCCCUGGUGGUAGACCCGGCGAUUUUACACUAAAAGAUCUGAUCGACCGGCCGGACGGGGCGCAGGCCGUUAUGGUGUCCGUCGGACUGCCGGAGCCACAGCUUCCGGCCGAUCUAUUCCACGACGUCGGGGCCGACGGCACGGCCGCGGACGCUGAACGGCUGGGAGUGUACACGUCCAAGUGGCUGUUGCGCCGGGCCUCGGGCUACGCUAAGAGGUUGCCCGCGGCCGAUGAACACCUGCAGCCGGGUGGGUGUUGUGGCGGCCGCAGCGGCUGUGGCUCGCCGUCGCGACCGUCCGUCGCGGUGGUGCCGCCGGAUUUCCGGGGCAAGACCGUGCUGGUGUUGGGCGCCGGCGACACGGCCAUGGACUGCGCGACGGCCGCGCUCAGAUGCGGCGCGCGCCGGGUGCGCGUGGUGUUCCGGCGGGGCACGCCGGACGUGAGGGCCGUGCCGGAGGAGCUGGAGGGGGUCAUGCGUGAGCGUUGCGAACUCGUGCCGCAUUCACAGCCGGUGCGGUUCCUGUUCCGCGGCGCCGGCGCCGGUGCCGCUGCCGGUCGCGUGCGGGCCGUGCAGUUCCGCAGGACGGACGUGGACGACCUGGACACUCCGGACUCUCAGGACGACGAACAUCGAUCGGCCGACGAAGACCUGUUCGUGUUGCGCGCCGACUGCGUCGUGUCCGCGUUCGGGUCGCGGCUGCCGCCGGAAGUGGCAGACGCGUUAGCCCCGUACGCCCGAGUGGACCAGCGCACGGGACGGGUGUGCGUGGACCCGCAGACCGGCCGCUGUGAGUGGUGGACGGAUGCUGACGGCGCGGACAAAAACGCGCAGGAGCUGCGGCCUCGGCCACCGGUGUGGUGCGGUGGUGACGCGUCCUACGCAACGGGACCCGGCGCCGACCCUUCGCAGACCACGGUGGAAUCGGCCAACGACGGCAAGACGGCCGCGUAUCACAUACAUCAAUACUUACAGGAACUGUACGGUUACCGGACGGAAAAGACGGCAUCGGUUCCGCGACCGCUGUUGCCGGGAUUCCGGACGGCCAUCGACGACGUAGACCUGUCUGUCCGGAUGUGCGGAUUGCAUUUCUUGAACCCCUUCGGAUUGGCCUCGGCACCACCCACGACGAGCGCCGCGAUGAUCCGUCGCGCGUUCCAGGCCGGGUGGGCGUUCGCCGUCACCAAAACGUUCGGGUUGGACAAGGACCUGGUGACGAACGUGUCUCCGCGCAUCGUUGCACUAGGCGGCCACGGCGUGGGACAGACGACGGCAACGGGACACGGCGCUAUCGGAGUCGCGGAUCCCGAAGUGGCCAAGGCCGCGUUUUUGAACAUCGAACUAAUUUCGGAGAAGACGGCCGCGUACUGGUUGCGCUCCAUCCGAGAGUUGAAGCACGACUUUCCACGGCACAUAUUAAUCGCCAGUAUUAUGUGCGCGUACAGCGAGUCCGAUUGGACGUCAUUGGCAAAAUUGGCGUGUGACGCGGGCGCCGACGCGUUGGAGCUGAACCUGAGUUGUCCACAUGGCAUGGGCGAGUCCGGCAUGGGUCUGGCGUGCGGUCAGGAUCCAGUGUUGGUGGAGAACAUUUCACGGUGGGUGAAACGGGUGGCGGUGCGUUCGGUUGGCGACGGCGGUACAGCGAACACGCCAGUGCCGGUGUUCAUCAAGAUCACGCCCAAUGUGACGGACGUAGUGACCGUGGGCCGGGCGGCCGUUCGGCUGGGUGGUGCCGACGGGUUGACUGCGGUGAACACGGUGUCGGCCCUGGGAUCUUUGGACGUGAUCAGCGGCGCGGGACGGCCGUGGCCCGGAGUGGGUCAAGCUCCGGGAGUGGCGAGGUCCACGUACGGCGGCAUGUCGGGCUCGGCGGUCCGACCGAUGGGCCUGCGGGCCGUGUCGGCUUUGGCCCGUGCAUUGGGCCCGGACAAGGCGAACGGCGGCGAUGGUGGCCCACCCGUACAGAUAAUGGCCACGGGGGGCGUGGACAGUGCGGCGGUUGCGCUCCAGUACCUGUACUGCGGUGCCAAAGUCGUGCAAGUGUGCAGCGCUAUCCAGAACCAGGACUUCACGGUCGUCCAGGACUACAUCACCGGGCUGAAAGCGUUGCUGUACAUGAACGGCGGUGGUGGCGGUAAACGGCAACCGGUGCAGCGUCGUCCUACUGCCGCGCUGGUCAAAGACAUGAUCGACCUGUCCGACGAUUAUGAUUUAGUGACUUCGUCGACAGCGGCGGCGGAUCGGUGCGGUAACGCCAAGCCCAAGUUCGGCCCGUACUUGAGAAGCCGACGUCGCUCGGAGGCGUCCGAGGCGGCGUCCGAGAUGGUCAGCACGAUGCGAGGCGCCAGGUCUGGGCGAGCGGCCGCGAUGCCAGAAACGGCACGGGGAACGGUAGCACCAGGAAUUGAUGACCACGCGGAAGGGACGGCCGUCGAACGGGCCGUGGGACGUGCACUGACAGCGGUCGGCGCGUACAAAUCGCUCGACAAUCGCGCGCAAGUCGUGGCGUUGGUCAACGAGGACUCCUGCGUCAACUGCGGCAAGUGUUACAUGGCAUGCAACGAUUCAGGUUAUCAAGCGAUCGCGAUGGACCCGCUGACACACACCGUCCGCGUUCAGCCGGACUCGUGCACCGGAUGCACGCUGUGCCUGACGGUGUGCCCGAUCCCCGGUUGCAUAAGUAUGGUCGAGAAGACAGUGCCGCACGUGAUAAACCGUGGUCUGGGCCAUCGACAGACGUUGUCUACGUACGCAUGUCCCAGCGAUCGCGAGUAGUGCUUCUGUGUCGAACGGGACGACCGACUGGCGUAUGGAGGGAUAGCAUUCACGCCGAAAACAUACUACCGCUAUCGAGAGCUUUUACAUUUAUUAUUUAUUGUUUCACGUACAAAUAUUUUUUUCGUCGUUGUUUGAUAUCACUGGUAUUAUAUAU